GCAUCUGCUUGUUGUCAUCAUUCAGCGUCAGGCACUUGGUCAAUCCAAAUCCAACGAAUCUUUACUAAACUCAUCCACAACAAAUAUCAACAACAAUGAAAUUCUUCGUUUUGGCUGUUUGCGCAAUUGCCGCUGUUUCGGCUGAUGUCUCGCAUCUGAAUCUGGGCGGUGGCAACGGCUACAACUACGACAAGCCAACCCCAUCGUUCGACAUUGACAUUCGCUCAGCAGCUGGACCAUCCUACUCUGCCCCUGCUCCAGCUCCCGCUCCAAUCUACUCGGCUCCCGCACCAGCUCCCAUCUACUCAGCACCUGCUCCCGCUCCUCAGCCCGAGUACCUUCCCCCUGUGCAGGACAUUCCCGCUCCAGCUCCAGUCUACUCUGCUCCAGCUCCAGCUCCAGUUUACUCUGCUCCUGCUCCCGCACCAGCUCCAGUCUACUCUGCUCCUGCUCCAGCUCCAGUUUACUCUGCUCCUGCUCCUGCUCCUGAGUACAGCGCACCUGCUCCAGCUCCCGAGUACCUGCCACCUGUGCAAGACAUCCCUGCUCCUGCACCAGCUCCAGUCUACUCUGCUCCAGCUCCAGCGCCAGUCUACUCUGCCCCUGCUCCCGCUCCAGUCUACUCUGCCCCUGCCCCCGCUCCAGUCUUCUCUGCCCCCGCUCCUGCUCCUGAGUACAGCGCACCUGCCCCAGCUCCAGAGUACCUGCCACCUGUGCAAGACAUCCCUGCUCCUGCUCCAGUCUACUCUGCCCCAGCUCCUGCUCCCGUCUACUCGGCUCCUGCUCCUGCACCAGCUCCAGUCUACUCUGCUCCAGCUCCCGCUCCCAUCUACUCAGCUCCAGCACCUGCACCAGCUGCUCCCAUCUUCUCGGCACCUUCCGGUCCCAGCUACUCUGCUCCAGCUGUUGAGUCCAGCGGAUACGAGUACAACGUGCCAGCCAAGCGUUUCCGUUUCUAAGUGGCCAUCACUCCAUCCACUCAUCGGGGACAACGCCGUUUGUUAAAUUAAUAAACGGCCUUUGUCCCUUUGUUGUUGAUUAUUUGUUGAUAUUAUGCAAAGUUUCUGUUGAGAUUUU